GCCGAGCGCAGCCGGAAACGCCAGGCGCCAGGCCUGUGGGCCGGGCUGCGCGGCUGAAGGGCGGGCUCGGCGUUCUCAGCGCGCGUGAUUGGUCGGUCCCCCGGCUUCAGCGGCGGCAGCGGGAGCGGGAGCGGCGCGUGCCACCGGCACCUCCGUCUGGGAAGAUGGAAGAGCUGAGUGAAGCCCUGGCCAGUAGCUUUUCUGUGUCUCAGGAUCUGAACAGCACAGCUGCCCCGCACCCCCGCCUGUGCCAGUACAAAUCCAAGUACAGCUCUUUGGAGCAGAGUGAGCGGCGGCGCCGACUACUGGAGCUGCAGAAGUCCAAGCGGCUGGAUUACGUGAACCAUGCCAGGAGGUUGGCCGAGGAUGACUGGGCAGAGGUGGAGAGUGAGGAGGAAGAUAAGAAAGCCGAUGAAGACAUGGAUGUCGACCCUGGCAAGAAGCUUCCCAAGCGCUAUGCUAACCAGCUGAUGCUCUCUGAGUGGCUGAUUGACGUUCCUUCAGACCUGGGGCAGGAAUGGAUUGUGGUCGUGUGCCCUGUUGGAAAAAGAGCCCUCAUCGUGGCCUCCCGGGGCUGGACCAGUGCCUACACGAAGAGUGGCUACUGUGUCAACAGGUUCUCGUCCCUGCUGCCGGGGGGCAACAGGCAGCGCUCAAGCACUGCGAAAGGUACCUGCGGGGUGUCUGCUCGUCACGUCCCCAUCAACUACACCAUUCUGGAUUGCAUUUACAGUGAGGCAAACCAGACCUACUACGUCCUGGAUGUGAUGUGCUGGCGGGGACACCCCUUCUAUGACUGCCAGACCGACUUCCGAUUCUACUGGAUGCUUUCCAAGUUGCCAGAAGAAGAAGGGCUAGGAGAGAAGACCAAGCUCAAUCCCUUUAAAUUCGUGGGGCUGCAGAACUUCCCUUGUACCCCCGAGAGCCUGUGUGAGGUACUGUCUAUGGAUUUCCCUUUUGAGGUGGACGGACUCCUCUUCUACCACAAGCAGACCCACUACAGCCCCGGCAGCACCCCCUUGGUGGGGUGGCUGCGCCCCUACAUGGUGUCCGAUGUCCUCGGGGUGGCUGUGCCCGCUGGCCCCCUCACUGCAAAGCCAGGGUAUGCCGGGCAGCAGCUCCAACAGAUUAUCGAGCACAAACGGGGCCAGCGGGAGGGCGUGGCAGGCACGCCUUCGACCAAGGCCGCUGGCAGUGGGUGCUAUGAGCUGGAGCACCUGUCCACCCCCAGGCCGAAGAGCCCUCCCCGUCACCCCGACCACUCUGGGACCCUCAUGGAGAACUGAAGAGGGCAGCCAUCUUCAAAGGCACGGGGUGAUGCCUGGCCCAAGAACGAGACCGAGGAGGAGGAGGACGACGGCGACAGCAGGUGACAUCAUCUUAGUGACUUUGCAGAGCCACUGCAGCUGAACACAGUCUGUCUCCUGGCUGAAGUGCUGGCCCAGGCGGUGGAAAGGUGCCAGGCCCAGUGGCUUUCCGGGCGACCUGAGCAGCACCUGUUGUGAUGAGCGUACCCCAGACCCAUGGUGUAAAUAUAUGCGAUUCCUAGGAAA